CUCGGCAGCGGCGGGAUGGAGCUGCUCAUGAUCAUCGCGGUGUCAGCCCUCGUCGGCUCCUUUCUCACACUCCUCGCCCAGUUCCUGCUGCUCUAUCAAAGGAGUCCCGAGCCGCUGUACCGGCCGUCCGCCGCCGACUGGGGGGUCCACCACGUCACCCCGGUGCCAGGCCUUCUCCUCCGCGAGUACCUCUAUGGCGGCGGCUCGGGCCGGUCGUCGAAGCCCCCUGAGGGCGGCGGCGGCGGGGGCGGGGGCGGGGGCGGGGGCCCGCACUCGGAGGUGCCGCGCACCGUGGAGACCUGCUACUUCCUCAACGCGAUCCUCCUGUUCCUGUUCCGGGAGCUGCGGGACACGGCCGUGGCCCGGCACUGGAUCACCAAGAAGAUCAGGGUGGAGUUCGAGGAGCUGCUGCAGAGCAAGACGGCCGGCAGGCUGCUGGAGGGCUUGGGCCUGCGGGAAGUGUCCCUGGGCCGCUCCGUGCCCUACGUCAAGACGAUCCGCCUCCUGCAGCCCGUGGUGCCCUCCUUCUCCAACGAAGCCGUGGUCACCGAUGGCGCGGAGGAGCUCCCGGCCGCCUGCCCAGAGGAGCUCAUCUUCGAGCUGGACGUGGAGUACAGCGGCGGCUUCCACCUGGCCAUCGACGUGGACCUGGUCUUCGGCAAGUCCGCCUACCUGUUCGUCAAGCUGUCCCACAUGACAGGGAAGCUGCGGCUGGUCUUCACUCGUUUGCCCUUCACCCACUGGGCCUUCUCGUUCGUGGAGGAGCCAGUGAUGGACCUAGAGGUGCGCUCCCACUUCGAGGGGCGCCCCAUGCCGCAGCUCACCUCCAUCAUUGUCAACCAGCUCAAGAAGGUCCUCAAGCGCAAGCACACCUUACCCAACUACAAGAUCAGAUUCAAGCCGUUUUUCCCAUUUCAAGUCUCGCAAACCACAAAGGAAGAAAAUGAGUGGCGAUUAUACAUACAACAAUCUGGACUUGCGGAAGGCCGCCUUAAAAUUACUCUAAUAGAAUGUAGCAGGUUACUAAUUUUGGGAUCCUAUGAAAGAGAAGCAAAUAUUCAUUGCACACUUGAGUUGAGCAGCGGUGUUUGGGAAGAAAAACAAAGGAGUUCUAUUAAGACGAGCUCUUCCCCUGAAGUUAUACUUAGUAACCCUGAGCCAGUGACAAAUUAUGGAAAAGGCAGAUGGGCUGAGUUAGUAAAAGGAAAUUUACAAAGUGUUGGACUUACACUUCGCCUGGUUCAGUCAUCUGAUGGAUAUGGUGGACAUGUCGUAAUUGAAACUGUGGCACCAAAUUCCCCUGCCUCACUUGCAGAUCUUCAGCGGGGAGACAGACUUAUAGCCAUUGGAGGAGUUAAAAUCACAUCCACAAUCCAAGUGUUAAAGCUCAUCAAGCAAGCAGGUGACAGAGUGAUGGUGUAUUAUGAAAGGCCUGUUGGUCAGAGUAAUCAAGGAUCAGUGGUACAGGAUAGUUUUACACCAUUGGAAGAUAAUAGUUUUCUGGCAAAUUCAUAUCAGCCGAAUUUUGAAGAAGACAUAGCUAGCCUUGUAGAGGAUAUUGAUAACAAAGAUAUAGAUUUAGAAUUUGAAGAUUUGGCAUGCGAUGUCAAGGUACAAAAUGAAUCCAGAGAUGAGAUUCCAUCAGUAAGUCAGAGUCCCAAGCGAAGUUCAACACAAAUUAAUAAGCCUUAUGGAUCAGUCUCACCAAUCUUAAGCCGUAAACCAUCAAGUUAUGUGGCACCACGAAGUUCUCAAGUCAAAGAUGCACCCAAAUUAGCAACAAAUAGGGUCUCUGAAGCCUUAGACCCAGCACCACAGUUAGCAAGAGCAUCACAAACAUCUCUUCUUAAGCCUUCUGUGUCACCAAGGCCACAAAUGAAAUGUGUUCCACCAUCCACUCAAAGCCAGGCAGAAUCAGACACACCUGUUGAAAAAACAGAAAAACCACCUUCUCUUCCACAAACAGAAAAACUCCCAGAAAAGUUAGUAACGAAUAUUAAUCAUACAGAAGAUGCAUCUGUGUCAAAGCCAUCUGUGGUAAAGCAGGAAGUGGUAAAAGACCCAAUUUCAGAAAGUGCUAAUAAGGACAGUGCAGAUGACCAAACAUGGGAAUCAGCAGAAAUUCUGUAUCAUCAUAAAACAGGUAAAUGGACAAGAAAGAAGGGAACUUGUAUAUUUGACAUAGAAGACUGCCAUAAGUACCUGAAUGUUGCAUUGUGGUGCAGAGAUCCUUUCAAGGUGGGUGGUCUCAUCUGCUUAGGACAUGUUAGUGUAAAACUGGAAGAGAUUGCUUUAGGGUGUUUAGCUACUUCAAACUUGGAUUAUUUUGCAAAAUUCAGAUUGAAUCCUCCGAAACCUAAAGCUAUGGUUACUAGAACUGCAUUGCGAAAUCUGAAUAUGCAAAAGGGAUUCAAUGAAAUAUUUUGCUUUGGUGAUAUUACUAUACAUUUCAAAUAUUUGAAAGAAGGAGAAUAUGAACAUUAUGUGAAUCUUAUGGAGAAGGAAAAAGAAAGCAAUUUGAUAGAGGACGUUCCUGCCCUUAAUAAAGAUGAGUAUUUUAUUGGACAGAUGAAUUUUGCAGAAAAUAAACAUUGUUUCCAAGAUACUCAAUUCCAGAAUCCAACAUGGUGUGACUACUGUAAGAAGAAAGUUUGGACUAAAGCAGCUUCCCAGUGCAUAUUUUGUGCUUAUGUUUGCCACAAAAAAUGUCAAGAAAAAUGCUUUUCUGAAACUCCACUUUGUGUUGGACCUGAGAAGCAUAUGGACCGGAUCUUGAAAAACUUUCGGAUAGAAGGACAAGAAAAUAUCAUAGGAAUGUCUUCUAAUAAAUCGGUUGGUAAAAGUACAGGUAUAACAAGGCAUUUAUGGAACACUAGCUCUCGUAUCUUAAGCUUGCGUCAAAGCGUUAGAAGAAACCAAACUGAACAAAUUGCUGAAUUGGUAGAACCCUCACCCAAGCUAACACCAAAUACUUCUGAUAAUGAAGGCAGCGACACAGAAGGUUUUGGUCCAAAUAGUCCUUCCAAGCGGGUAGGCAGCUCAGGAAUCAAAUUGGCAAGAAAAGAAGGAGGCCUAGAUGACAGUGUCUUCAUCGCAGUUAAAGAAAUUGGCCGUGAUCUUUAUAGGGGUUUACCUAAUGAGGAAAGAUUCCAGAAGCUAGAAUUCAUGUUAGAUAAACUGCAGAAUGAAAUUGACCAGGAGCUAGAACACAACAAUUCAAUCGCUAGAGAAGAGAAAGAGGCAACCGAUUCCAAGAAAAAAGCGCUCCUUUCGACUGCCUUGACUAAAUCAGGUGAAAGACUACAAGCUUUAACACUUCUCAUGAUACACUACAGAGCAGGGAUUGAAGAUCUAGAGCUCGAAACUCUGUCUUUAUAUCAAACCAAAAAAGUGGCUACAGAUGAUGCAGAAGAAGACCUCGAUAAUGAAAUAUGCGAACUAAUGGAGGCACAGCCUUUUGACAGCAUAUCAGAUGAGUUAUUUGACUCAUCUGAACCUCUGUAGUAUGCUGUUUGCCUAUUUAACCUAAACAAUUGCAGGACAAGAAUUACACUCACUAAAAGACAUCAGAUACACCCCCAUUUAAACACUCUUAUAAUAUGUAUGGCCUGCUUCUCCACCUUUAUUUGCCUGUCUUAACAAAAAAUGAUAGUUGUUUUUUUUCUCCCCCCAGCAAAAUGUAUAACCAUUUGACUUGGCUAAAUUGGUUGGUUUGGAUUGUAUUAUAACUUGUUUUUUGGAUUGAUACUGGGAAUUUAUUUUUACUGAUUUAUUUCUAAUUUUUUCUGUUAUGGAAAGUAACAUUUCAUGUUGAUGUUCUUUUCCUUUUUGUUUCUGAAUUAGUGUUAAAUAGUAUAUUGUCAGAAUUCUUACAAUGUUUUAAUUUACAUCAUGGUGAUAGUUAUGAACUUGCUGCAUGCCCAAAUUCAUGACACAGCAAUCAUUGAGGGAACAGGUUUUGAAGUUUUUGAUCAUGUUACAUUUAUUUUUGUCUCAAAUUGGUUGUAGGAUGUUUUUUUGAUGGGGGAUGGGUGUGGAUAGGGAAACAAUGGGUGAUCUUUGUUGGAGGUGGUUUUUGGGUGUUUUUUUUUGGGGGGGGGGGGUUGGCCAACAUUAUAUGAAAGCAAACACUGUGGCUUUUAUUUUGUCUACAAUUACUUAGUAAAGAUAUUAUAUAUGA